UUCGGAACAUGCGUUUAUUGAGAUGGUUGACUUGCCUGUUUCUGGUGUGGAUCCAGUCACCAGGUAUAGUUUCCUUCCACGAGUCAGAUCCGUUGAUUGUUGAGAUCCCGAAUGGAAAACUGCGCGGAAGGGAUAGUGGCUCCUACUACAGCUUCGAAUCGGUGCCAUACGCAGAGCCUCCAAUCGGCGAACUUCGAUUCGAACCUCCACGUCCUUAUAGUCGCCAGUGGAAGGACACCUUUGAUGCCACCCAGCCACCUGUGUCCUGCAUGCAAUGGAAUCAAUUUAUCAGUGAAAGCAAUAAGCUAGUGGGUCAGGAGGAUUGCCUGACUGUUAGUAUUUACAAACCGAAGAGCAGCAGUCGGAAGACGUUUCCUGUAGUUGUCCUCCUGCACGGUGGUUGCUUUAUGUUCGGUGGAGCUUCAUCUAAUGGACACGAGUUCAUCAUGGACGCAGGAAAUUUGAUGUUGGUAAAAAUCAGCUAUCGCCUGGGCCCAUUGGGAUUUGUGAGCACCGGAGAUCGAGAGUUGCCGGGCAACAACGGAUUGAAGGAUCAACGCUUAGCUUUGCAAUGGAUCAGACAGAACAUAGCUAGUUUCGGUGGUCUGCCGGAGAAUAUCGUGGUCCUUGGUCAUUCUGCAGGUGGAGCAUCAGCACACAUGCAGCUCCUAAAAGAAGAUUUCGGCGGACUAGCCCGGGCGGCCAUAUCGGUGAGUGGAAAUGCCCUCGAUCCUUGGGUCGUUCAAGAAGGUGGUCGAGGUCGAGCCUUUGAACUAGGUCGCAUUGUCGGCUGUGGGCUGGCUGAGGACUCCGCCACACUCAAGAGUUGCCUAAAAUCCAAGCCUGCCAGUGAAAUAGUGUCCGCUGUCAGCAGUUUCCUGGUGUUUUCAUACGUGCCCUUCUCCACUUUUGGUCCUGUUGUGGAACCGGCAGAUGCUCCCGAAGCGUUUCUUACCCAGCACCCCCGAGAGGUAAUCAAAAGCGGAAAGUUUGCUCAAGUGCCUUGGGCUGUGACCUACACCGCUGAAGACGGUGGCUACAAUGCAGCUCUGCUGUUGGAACAGAAUCGAACCACCGGAGAGACAUGGAUUGAGAAACUUAACGAUCGCUGGUUUGACUUGGCGCCUUACUUGCUUUUCUAUCGAGACUCCAAGAAGACUAUCAGGGAUAUGGAUGAGUGGUCAAAAAAACUGAGACAGGAUUACCUGGGUGAUUGGCGAUUCAGUGUUGAGAGCUAUUGGGACGUGCAGCGGAUGUUUACAGAUAUCCUUUUCAAAAACAGUGUGCCGGAAGCCUUAGACCUCCAUCGUAGACAUGGAAAGAGCCCGCUGUACUCCUUUGUCUACGACAACCCGGCGGUGUCUGCAGUCGGGCAAUGGCUGUCCAAUCGCACAGAUGUAUAUUUUGGUACUGUUCAUGGAGACGACUUUUUCCUUAUCUUUAAAGCAAGUUUGCUGCGAAAAGUCAUUCGUCCUGAUGAAGAAAUUAUAUCAGGAAAGUUCAUGAAGAUGCUGGAGGACUUUGCAUUUAGUAAAAAUGGAGAAAUGAGUUUUGGCGAUUGCCACUUCCAGAAUAAUGUAAAUAAUAAGAAGUACCAGGUACUAAAAAUAACAAGAAAUGGUUGCACGAACGAGGAGUAUUAUCAGUUCCCUGAAGGAAAUAUUAAGAAAAUCCUAUAA